AUGCAUAUGUUAAACACAUUAUUGGCAUUAUUUGCUACACUUUAUAGCUUCAAUGUGGCUUAUUCAUCAACAAUACAUGAUAUGAGUCUCAAUUAUGCAAAGAAUUUCCAAAUAAAACCUCAUCAGAAGAACAUGUAUAUAAAUAAUGAUAGCCCUGAAAUUCCAGUAUCAAUAAAAGAUGUAAAGCCAAUAAAAUAUCCAAGGUAUCCAGCUACAGGAAUGAGAUUGGGUAAGACUAAGUCAAAUAAACAAGAAUUAUCUAGGAAGUAUACUCAACCACUUAUGAAUUUACCAGAAUUAAACUACCAAUUUAUUUCAAGCUCUAUGAGUCGUUUUAUUACAACAGUGUGUAUAAUGUCUGCAUUGCCAUUUUUAGUUUUAUCAUUGUUUGGAGAUACUGGAGAUUUUAUUUUUGCUCAAUUUGGUGCUCUUAGUGGAUUAUUUGGAUUUCUUCUGGGUUUAAUCAUAUUUAGUGCAGUUUUGCCGGAUUUAUUAACUAUGAUAAUAUCAGUAUUAGCUGGAAUUAUUAAUAUAUAUAGCACUUUGAGAAUGACAAGAGUACGUGAAAUGCCUUAUACAUCCAUCUUAUUCUUCUGUUUCAUUAUGGGUAAUCUAAUAUACCAAAUUUUAGCUGGUAUUCCAAUAUAUGCAUUAAGUCCAUUAUAUACUGGAUUAAGUGGUGCAGUAUUAUUAAAAUUCUUAACAGUAUUUGGCUCUGAAUUUACAAAUUUACUUACCUUUCAAAUUAGUUUAAAAUUCUUUUAUUUUCUAUUUGUAUUAAUAUUUGGAAUAAUUUCAUAUCAACUAUUACCAGAUGGAUUAAAACAUUCAAAUAUUACUGAAAAACAAAGUGAAGAUGAAAUACUUAGACUUCAUAAAUAUACUCAAGCAAUAUCUUCAAUUACACUGACAUAUCCAGUUGUUGCCUUCAUAAGUCAAAUGUUAUACAUAAGUGACAUAUUUAUAACAUCACCAUUGGAUCCACUGAGUUUUUUUUAUAUUCCUUCUCAGUUUCAUAUUACUUAUCCAUCUACAUCAAUCUUACUCACUAUUUGGAUUUUACUUAUUAUACUUACAUAUCUCUUUAGAACCAAAAUUUCGAAUAGAGAUAAUUAUAAACCUAGCUUUGUAAAAAAUCUUAUAGAUCAUUGGAAAACUGAAGAGACUCAUUAA